AUGGCUUCAGGGCUUGCACGCAAAUAUGAGAUCAACGCCGACAUGGGCGAGGGCUUCGGCCGAUGGAAGAUGGGCCCGGACGAAGAGUUGAUGCCUUAUAUCGAUGCCGCUAACAUUGCCUGCGGAUUUCACGCCGGCGACCCAGCCAUCAUGCUCAAGACCGUCCGCUUGUGCAAAAGGCACGGCGUCAAGGCCGGAGCCCAUCCCGGGCUUCAGGACAUGCUCGGCUUUGGCCGCAGGAAAAUGGAGACCGACCCCAACGAUAUGUACGCCAUGGUCUUGUAUCAGGUAGGCGCCCUCAAGGCCAUAUUGGACUCUGAAGGUGUCGAGCUGUCCCACGUCAAACCGCAUGGCGAGCUCUUCUUCUACAUGCAGAGGGAUUAA